AUGUCUACUUCAACUUCUUCAACUUCAAAAGUUUCUUCUUCAGAUGAUGAUUCUUCUAAAUUACCCCGAUCAAGUCAAACCGGAUCUCUUGGUUCAAACAUUAAAAUUUUGAAUUAUGAAGAUUCUCCCAAGGCUGCCAUUACUUUGCUUAAAGCUUUUGAUAAUGACUCUUUGGCCAAAUUACUUGUAAGUGAUUUGAAUGAUCAUCAACUGAAAAGAGACUUUGAGUUAGCUCUUUAUGAAGCUUAUGUCAGGCAACAUAUUUCAAAAGGUUUAUGUCUAGGUAUUAAUGAAUCCGAUGAUGAAUUUGAAACUGUUGCAGUUUGGUCAUGUCCUGAUUCUGUAGAAAGAGGUCUUGAAUCUUUUUCAACUUUAAUGGAAUCAGGUUAUGGCAAAGUUUGGAAUUUAGGUUGUGAAGGCUCUCGCAAUAAAGUUUUCAAUGGACUAUUACCAUUAUUAGAACAUACAAAUGAACGUAUUGUUACAACUGAUCCAAGGUUUAAAGGUAAAGGGGUGUAUACUUUGGUCUAUGUUGGUUCAACUGCUAAUGCCCGUGGUAAAGGUAAUGCAAGAAAAAUGUUUGAUUACAUGUUUCAAAAUUAUAUCGAUUUGCCCGAUACGAGUAACAUUACUUAUUUAGAAAGUUCAAGUGUUUCAAAUAUUCCAAUUUAUGAAAAAUUUGGAUUCAAAUUUUAUGAAGAUAUCGUUCUUGGUGACAAAGUUGAUGAAAAUUCCAUUGAAGGUGAAGACUACGCAGUUAUGAAUAUCAUGAUUAGGGAUACUUUGGGCCAUGAUUGGACAAAAGAUGAUGAUAUCUCUGUUGCCAAAUUGUAA